GGGAGAUCGUAGAGGAAGAGGAUUCCUUCCUCUGCUACUGCCAGUGCCAGCCUGCUCCUUUCUUCUCUGUAGCGUUUGUUCCCUUCCUGCCUUUUAUUACUCCAGGCCUGCUGCUAAGCUUGUCAAGCUGCCAAGAUUGUUCCCAACCACUCUACAUCACGGGUCUCAGCUUCUCAGGACUCAGGGGAUGAAUGAUCGUGGCGAUCCAUGUGCUUCUGCCGGAGACGAGACGGCGGAGCAGCUGCUGGCGCGGGUGACGGCGAUGGUGCCGGCGGCGCUGGACGCGGCGAGAGGCGCGGCGGGAUUCCCGGGCCGGUGGAAGGCGAUCGCGGCCAAGCUGGGCGCGCUCCCGGCGCGCCUGUCGGACCUCUCCAGCCACCCUUGCUUCGCCCGCAACGCGCUCUGCCGCGAGCUGGUCCUGUCCGUGGCCGCCACGCUCGCCGAGGCCUCCGCGCUCGCCGAGGCGUCGUGCCGCGGCCCGGGCGCGGGCAAGCUGCGCACGCAGAGCGCCAUGGACGCGCUCGGGUGCAAGCUCGACGCCGCGCUCCGAGACUGCGCGCUGCUCGUCCGGACCGGCGUGCUGUCCGACGCCGCCGCCGCCUUGGUUUCUUCCUCUUCUUCUUCUUCGUCUCCGGCACCGGUGGCGGAUGUGCGGGAGCUUCUGGCGAGGCUGCAGAUCGGGCACUACUGCAAUGGCGAGGCCAAGACCCGGGCCGUGGACGGGCUCCUCGACGCGAUGGACAAGGACGAGAAGAGCGUCGUCUCCGUGCUCGGCCGCGCCCACGCCGCCGCGCUGGUGCAGCUGCUCUCGGCGUCGGCUGCGGCCACGGUGCGGGAGAAGGCCGCCACGGUGGUGUCCCGGCUCGCCGAAUCAUCGGACGGCUGUGGGGCGAUGCUCGUGUCCGAGGGCGCGCUGCCGCCGCUCAUCCGGCUCGCGGGCUCCUCCGCCAUGGGCCGCGAGAAGGCCGCGCUCACUCUGCAGAGGCUCUCCGGGAGCCAUGAGAUCUCCAUCGCCAUCGCCGGCCAUGGCGGCGCCCGCACGCUCCUCGAGAUCUGCCACUGCCACACGGAUGGGGAACACUCGUUACACUCCACCGUGGCCCAGUCCGCGGCUGCCGGCGCGCUCAGGAACCUCUCGGCCGUGCCAGAGCUACGACGGCAGCUAGCCGAGGAUGGCAUCGUCCGCGCCAUGAUCGCCCUGCUCGGCUCUUCCGGCGCCGCACAGCUCGCCAAGGAGCACGCCGCCGACUGCCUGCAGAACCUCACCUCAGACGGCCAUGGCAACGACAGCGACAGCUUCAAACGCGCGGUCGUGUCAUCCGGCGGGGCACGCAGCCUGCUGCUCUACCUCGACGCGCCGCUGCCACACGAGGCCGCGGUGACCGCGCUCCGGAACGUGGCCGGCAUGCUCUCACCACACGCCAUCGUCUCCCUCGGCGUGCUCCCCAGGCUCGCCCACGCGCUCAAGGCCGGCUCCCCCGGCGCGCAGCAAGCAGCCGCGGAUGCCAUCAGCACCAUCAUCGUCUCCGGCGGCGGCAACGGCAACGGGAAAGUCAUCAGCGAGGAGAACAGCCGCGCGAUCGUGCCGCCGCUGGUGCGGAUGCUGGAGGCCAAAUCCGGCGGGGCGCGCGAGGCGGCGGCGCGGGCGCUGGCGGGGCUGGCUUGCUGCUGCGGCCAUGGCGUCCGGGAGCUGAGGAAGGACGAGAAGGGCGUGCCGGCGCUGGUGCAGCUGCUGGACCGGAGCCCGCUCAACGCCGCGGCCAGGGAGCACGCCGUCGCGUGCCUCCUGGCGCUGUCGCCGGCCAAGCGCUGCAGGAGGCUGAUGGUGUCUCACGGCGCCAUUGGGUACCUCAAGCAGAAGCUUCCUGAGGCGGAGGCUGCCGCCGGCGCCGGGAAGCUGCUGGAAAGGCUGGAGGAACGCGGCAAGCUCCGGAGCUUGUUCAGUAGUAACUGAACUUGAAGUACAGUAGCAGUGUUGACACUUGACACGAACCUGAGUACAUGUUAGUUACUCCUUGCCAAAUCUUUUCUUUUUCGUGCCGUAACCCGUACAGAAACCACGUCCUGUUUCACUGUCUGUGAAGCUGUGCAGGUGUUUUAUGUUAGAUUAAUGAGGAUUAAUAAUAUCUCUGUCUGUAAAUGUUGUGAUGGCCUGGGUAUGCCGAUAGCCAUGAGGAGUUUAGGAGCUCCAAAUCUCAUAUUACUGUUCAACAUUUCUGUAAAUCUAAUAAAGAUGGUACUGUUUUUAUUAACGAACAAA